GUAGCAGCGGCAUGCUGUCGGUUGGGUUGGACAGUUUGGAGCUGAGAUUUAGGAAGUCGACUCGAAGUUUAGAGCCGCGCCAGGCAUUGAUCGGUUCGGGUUGCUGCGGCCGGCCGGACGCUGCGCAACGCUGCGGGAAUAAUGCUGUCCUGUCGGGAUGAGAGCUGGAGGCGUCAGCCGUGAGGUUGUCAAUCGUGUGCCGUUGAAGGACCUGUGUUCUGAUUGUGAUUAACUUCGCCACUGACUCCAGUAGGAAUGUCCUACUGGUCUGUUGGCGUUUCCCAAGAAACUGGAGAGCCUCCCAGCAGCAUGGAGCAAAGAAACGGCACUGGGGAGGAAACGGGAGCCGAGGCAUCCCUGGUGGAGACUGCUGAUCCCAACUCCAGAAAGGCUUCAACCUUGGAGAAAAUCAAGGCAGCAUAUGAAGACGGUGAUGAGGAGACUGCGAGGGAGCUGAUUCAGCAGGCCUGCUGUGUGGACUGCUCCAUGGGGAUCCAGCCUGAUGGAGUCCGUCUGCUGACUGUGGCCACUCAGCACUCUGAUGUAGCGAGUGUCUGCUACCUUCUAAAAGAAGCCCGUGUCCCUGUGCCUCAGGAGCCAUCACUCUGCAAUCCGGCCGUUCUGGCAGCACAUUGUGGCUUUAGCAACCUGCUCAAAGAGAUGCUGGAUUCUAUACAUGGCACAUGUCUGAAGAGAGAUCUGGUGAACUGCCUGCUGACCACAGCGUGUGAGCAGGGCCACCUGGAUGUGGUUCGUCUGCUCGUCCACAGCUAUGAUGCCGACGUGAAGGACUUUGCCAUCCACAGCGAUGAGUUUGCUGUCCUGCAUGGGCUGCCGCUGUAUGCAGCCGCAAAAGCAAGUAAUGAAGAGAUCGCUCAUUACUUACUAGAGAAUGGUGCUGAAUUUUCAUCUUACACCCUGAUGGACUAUCCAGACUUCAGCAAGCGUCUCCUGAGACAGAAACUCCAGGAAACAUCUGGUGAAAAUGGAGUGGAGACUGUCAGUGUGUACUGGAGCGGCUUGAAGCUGCCAUAUUUGGAGCUGGACUGGUUCCUGGAUGUCUGCUCCCAGAUUACACACCUGGAUCUGUCCUCCAACAGCCUCGGUGCUGUGCCCUCGGUGGUCCCCUGGGGUCUCAUCCAAUUGAAAACUCUGAAUCUGUCUAACAAUGCUCUUAAAGAACUGCCGUUUGCUCAGAACUCCCAGGAUGUUAUCUGCUCCAGGUUACAAGUGGUGAAUCUCUCUCAGAACCAGCUUAAGAGUUUACCAACUGGACUUCUCCAUCUGACCCACCUUCAGAAACUCCGUGCUGCCGAUAAUCAGCUCACCAGCCUGUUCGACGUCCCUGCCAAUGUGAACUGGAUCGGUCUCCGUAGGCUGGAGGAGCUGGAGGUGGCCGGCAAUCGUCUAACCAGCCUUCCUACAUCAGUCAUGCAUUGUUUAAAGUUACUGCGCUGCCUUGAUGUGAGCAGAAACAGACUGACCGCGUUCCCAGACCCCUGGGCCUGCCCACUGAAGAACUGCAAAGCUUCUUCCAAUAUAAUUGAGAACCUGCCGAACACCAUCUCCAUCUUCUGGAGGAGUCAGCUGCAGGAGGUGGACUUCUCUGAGAACUGCAUCAAAGAGCUUCCCUCCUACAUCUUUGAACUGGAGGCUAUUGUCUCAUUAAAACUCUGUGGGAAUCUCAUUGAAACGCUCCCUGCUCCCAAUAAGUGGAAGUGCUCUAAGCUCAAGACUCUGGAUCUCUCCAGGAACCAGCUUGGCAGAACUGAAGAGGGGCCCAAAUCCAGGAGGCUUGCUUUCCUGACAACAUGGAACAGGAGGGAUCCAGACCCAGUGUGUCCUAUUGAGUUUCCCAGCGCUCUGCGAGAUUCCCUGGAAGUGCUUAUCCUGAAUGAUAACCAGCUGGAGUGCAUUCCCCAGUCCCUGUGUGGUCUGAACAACCUUACUGAGCUGUAUCUCUCCAAUAAUCCUGGGAUCCGGGAGCUACCGGCAGAACUCGGACAACUUUCCAACCUGUGGCAGCUGGACAUUGAAAACCUCAACAUUAACAAUAUCCCACAGGCAGUAAGAAAUGAAGGCCCUGCUUCUGUUCUGGCAUUCCUCCGGGCUCAGCUUCGAAAAGCAGAGCCCUGCAGACUGCUGAAGAUGCUGGUGGUCGGUCCGCCCCGGCAGGGGAAGUCAGCCCUGGUAGAGGCUCUACUCACGGGCAAGGCAUCUCCCUUCACCCCCUCAGACUGCAGCAUCUCCACCUUCAGCUGGGAGCUGGAAAAACCCAAUGCAGGCAAAAAUAAUAAGGAGUCAGUCAUGUUCAACAUGUGGGAUAUUGGUGGUCCGGCGAGCAUGACCACAGUGAACCAGUGUUUCUUCACUGAUAAAUCACUGUAUGUGGUUAUCUGGAACCUUGCUCUGGGAGAAGAGGCUGUGGCAAACCUGCAGACAUGGCUUCUCAACAUUGAGGCACGAGCACCCAACUCUGCUGUGGUGGUUGUAGGAACUCAUUUGGAUCUCAUUGAUACCAAGUUCCGCACAGAAAGGCUGGCAACGCUGAGGGCUUAUGUACUCGCCCUGUGUCGAUCCCCGUCUGGAGCACGAGCUGUGGGUUACCCCGACAUCACCUUCAAACAUCUGCACGAAGUGUCGUGUAAGACCUUGGAGGGUUUUGAUGGUUUGAAGACGCUGAUUUACCACGUGGCUCUCUCCAUGAAAGACAGCAGCAGCAGCAGCUCAGCCUGUGGUAGUAAGCUGCUGGGCAGACUGAUUCCGAGGAGCUACCUCAUCCUACAGGAGGCGGUGAUAGCAGAGAAGAAGAGGAGAGAUGCUGACAGAGAGGUCCAGUACCUGACUGAUGCUCAGUUACUCCAAAUCAUUGAACAGAACCCAGAGAGUGACAUCAGAGAUUAUGAGGACCUGCAAACUGCCAUCGGCUUCUUGAUUGAAACUGGAACCCUGCUGCACUUCCCCGACACCAGCCAUGGCCUGUGUACUCUGUACUUCCUCUGUCCGGUGUGGCUGUCAGACUGCUUAGAGAGGAUCGUACAUCUGAACUCUUGUCGCCCUGUAACCAGGAAUGGAGUGAUCCAAGCUGAAGCCCUGAGUGAGCUGUUGGACGGGACAGGCUUCACAGAGGAAACAAAGGAGCAGUAUUUCCAGUUUUUGGCAAAGUUUGAGAUAGCGCUGCCUGUUGCCAACCACAGCUACUUGCUGCCACACCUCCUUCCUCCAAAGCCAGCCAUGGAUAUCCACAGCUUCCACCAGCACACCAACAACACCCUGCAGCGUCUUUUUAAGAUGAGCUUUGUUCCUGCAGGAUUUUGGGAGCGUUUCAUCGCCAGGAUGCUCAUAAGCCUCACAGAGAUGGACCUUCAGUCUUUAGAUCCGCUCAAAAAAAGGAGCCAGAAUCGCAGGAGUUCCCUGAUCUACAGCUUUGCUGGUAGCCAGCAGAGGAACCGAUGCAGCACCUUCAGAGUCCGGCGCAGCCAGACUAUCUACUGGAAGGAGGGGCUUCUGGUCACUUUUGAUGGAGGUUACCUCAGUGUGGAGUCAUCGGAUGUUAACUGGAAGAAGACGAAGAGCGGAGGCAUAAAGAUCAUCUGUCAGUCCGACAUGAGAGAUUUCUCUGCCAUGGCCUUCAUCACUGACCAUGUCAACUCCCUGAUUGAACAGUGGUUUCCUGCUUUGACAGCCACUCAGAGUGAUGGGAGUCUCCUCAUUGAGCAGUAUGUGCCCUGUUCUCUCUGUGGCCCGUGGGAUCAGCCACUGCAAGAGGAGGGCAGAAGAAGAGAAGCAGAGGUCCAUUACUUCAACAUGGAGGACUGUGUGCUGGCUGCUGUGGAAAAGGAGUGCAUCAUCUGUCCUCAGCAUCCCGACCAGCCAGUCCCCUUACAAGAGCUGGUGCCAGAACUCUUUAUGACCGACUUCCCUGCACGGUUGUUUCUGGAGAAGGCUCAGCUGGAGCUCUCUGAAGAGGAAAAGGACAUUCUUGGUCAGGGUGGCAGUGGAACCAUCAUCUACAGAGCGAGAUAUAAAGACCAACCUGUUGCUGUGAAACACUUUCAUUUCAAGAGAUGUCGACAGCUGACGGUGACCAGUGAUACAGAUACCAUGGUGAAGCACCUGCAGUUUGUCAAUGCAUGUCGCAGCUUCUCAGACUUUCGUCAGGAGGCCAGUAUGUUGCAUUCUUUGCAGCAUCCCUGCAUCGUCUCUCUGGUGGGCAUCAGCAUUCACCCGCUAUGCUUCGCCCUGCAGCUAGCUCCUCUGGGUAGCCUCAACACCGUGCUGGAGCAGAAGCACAAAGGCAAAAGCUCAGACUACAUGCCUCUUGGUUACAUGCUAACCUUUAAGGUAGCCUAUCAGGUCGCAGCAGGACUGGCGUACCUGCACCGAAAGAACAUCAUCUUCUGUGACCUGAAAUCAGACAACAUCCUGGUGUGGUCUUUGGAGUUGCACGAUCCCAUCAACAUUAAACUGUCUGAUUAUGGGAUCUCCCGGCAAUCCUUCCAUGAAGGGGCAUUGGGAGUUGAGGGAACGCCGGGAUACCAGGCUCCCGAGGUCCGACCAGGCAUUGUGUAUGAUGAGAAGGUGGACAUGUUCUCAUAUGGUAUGGUGGUGUACGAGCUGCUGUCUGGACAAAGGCCAGCACUGGGAAACCACCAGCUUCAGAUAGCCAAGAAGCUCUCCAGGGGCAUUCGGCCGGUGCUGGGGCGUCUGGAAGAGGUCCAGUUCUACAGCCUCCACACUCUAAUGACUGAGUGCUGGGACACCAAGCCUGAGAAGAGGCCAGUGGCAUCACGGUGUGUGAGACAGAUGGAGGAGCCCAGUUUCCCCUGCCUGAGGUAUUUAUUGUCCUGCGACAGCCAGUCGCAGCUCUUCCUGUCGCAGCUGCAGGGAUACAGUGCUGUGUUCUGGCACGGAGACAACGACGACAGGAACUACAGUGUGGUGAAUGUGGAGAAGGGCCAGGUGGAGGUAAAGAGGAUGUCUUGUCCAGGCAGCAGGAUCAGCUGCCAGAUGAAGAUGCGUAACUCUCUAUGGAUGGCUACUGAGGAGCAAGAGGUGUUCAUCUACAGCCUGAAGGACAUGUGUCCCAUCAGUCAGCCCCAGAAACGCUUGUCCUGUCCAGCCGUCGUCACCUGUUUGUUCCACGUUCCCGCUGGAGAGCAGAGCCUAGCCAAAGUGUUUGCAGGGAUGUCCGACGGUCUGGUAGCCGUCUACACCUUGGUGGACGACGUUCCUCUGGAUGGAGAAAUGUACCUGUGCUCACACACGUUAAACAAGACCGUGUUUGGUCUGAAGGACUCUGAUCCGAGGCAGAGACCCUACCCUGUCAGGAGCAUGGCUCUGGUCAGCAGUGGCUCACAGUUAUGGUUCUCCAAUGGUCCCGGCCUGCUGGUUGUUGACACAACGAGUCUUCAGGCAAUUCGAAGGCUGGAACCUUACAAGCCGCCAUCCUCCAUAAUAAGCAUGACAACCAGUUUCAGUCUCUGGGGAGAGGAAGCAGUGUGGACCCUGGACGACCACAGCAACACCGUGCUGCUCUACUACGCCGCCUCCUACGAGCUGUGCGCCACCUACUGCUGCGGGGACAUGAAUCCCCUUCGGGAUGUCUUCAAUGUGCAGCGUCCUGCAGGAAUGGCCCAGGUGGCAGGAGAUGAUGUUAACACCACAGACCAAAACGGAAAGCUUGAAUGGUCUAAUGGAGACGUGACACUGAUUUUUAGUGAGGAGGCAGGCACUCAAAUAAUCCAGCACCAGGAUUCUGUGACCGACUAUUGCUCCCUAUCCUCUACCUGCUCCCUGGAACCACUAGAAUCAAACUCUGUGAGCACCACAGACUACAGCUCAUUAAAAAGUAGAAGUUGCCUGCCACUGCCUCAAAACCUGCUGGACUCAGGCAUGCAGCAGGACCAGCAGGCGUCCACAAAUCCUAAUCCGGACCCUGCAGAAACCGUAAAGCCUUCAAUACCUGAGCUGCAGGCCUUCAGUCUGCUGCCAGUGAAUGGAACCCUGUGGAUCCCCAGGCGUGGAGGUGAUAUGCUGAUCAUUGAAAUCCAGUCAUGUGUCAGUCAUCUCAGGGGACGUGUCACGGCGGUCCUCAGCCCACCAGGACUGUCCUCUCUGGGGGCCCUGGAGGAGGCAGCGCUGGUGGCAAAGGACACGGUCGUAUGUGGCUUCCAGCAGAAGGAAAACAUGGAGUGGUGCCUGGUUGUCUGGAGAGCCUGGGGCUGCAGUGAGCUCAACGUCUUCUACCAGUCCUAUGAGGAGCUGUACCGCUCCGACAGCAACAUGAGGAAAAGAAGGUAGCUGUUGUCCUCCAACGGCUUGGUUGUAGAAUCACAGCUCUGUACGGUGGGGGAGCCGAGGGGAAAUCUGCCUGACUGACUGCAGAGCAGAGGGACAUCCUACCAGUAAAAGGAGCUGGGCUGUCAGGCCCCCACAUCCAGCUGGAGGCUGAAAGACAGCAUCACCAUCUGACAUGAAAUAAGGCCAAACCUUUCUUCCCCUAGCUUAGUUAGACUUACUAAAACUAUUUCUCUUUGCUAAAUGUCAGAAAUAAUGAGGGAGAUAUUUUUUGCUACUUUGUUGAAAUUCAGAUGAUUGCAGGCAUUAAUAUUCCUGUGCCUUUAAACGAUUGGGCAAAGCCCAGAUGAUGAUGUCUUGGCUUUAUAAGCCUCCUAUAGAUUAGGUCACGAACACAGGCAGUGUGUCUUAAGGCAACACCUCCAACACACUGCUUCCAUGUGUGGGAUCACAGAAAAGUCAACGGAAAUCAGUUGAGAUGAAGGAAGAUGGCUCCGGACCGCCACAAGUCUGCUUCAUCCUUGGGUCCAGUGUCCAGAUUCCUAAAGGGACAAUAUUUGUCUGUUCCGACAAUGAGAUGCAAGCAUGAACAGCUGAGGAAUAUGCGAUGGUCACAGCGUGAAGGAGUGAGAUGGAGUCUGUGUCCCAGAGAUGAACAGUGUUUGGUCUGAAACCAGCAAAUAAACCGUCCCCCAGCUUACUGGCAAAUAAAGACCAUGUGAAGAGUCUGGUUUAAAUUUCUAAGAGUCUAAAUUUCCACAGUGAAGUGAGUGGACAGACAUGGAAGGAAAGGCCACUAAGAGAGGAUGAAACCAGAUUUUUGACUUUGCUGAUUCGCUGAGGAACAAAGUCCUUAAUUAUGGGAGCCCUGUCCAGUGGUCUGAUGAAACUAAAACUCCAAUGAUUGGCCAACGUGACCAUAGAUAUUCAGAAGAAAAAGGGCCUGAGAAUACCAUCCCAACUGUGAUGGAUGGUAUCAUCAUGCUCUUAGGGGUGGUUUUCUGCAGGAACCGUCAUCACGAAAGAAGAACAUUAUGUGGAAACACUGAGGCAGCAGCCGAAGAAAUUCCCCCCGUUGGGCACAAAUGUGUGGAAAAAUGUCACAUUAGUCUGGCAUUUAGCAAUUAAUUUAGCUGAUCUGGACUGCCCUGAUGUAGGAAAUGAUUCGUCUGAUGUAUUAGCUGACAGUGAGGGAUAAAACAGGCUGUGUGUCUUUUAAUAUGUAAAUGUGAAAGUCUGGUUGAAACUAAAGCCAAAGCACACGUUAGAAGCCGUGAAGCAGGAGGCGAGAACCUCUGCUUUAAGCAGUGAUAUGAUCAGCACCACAUGUUGCUGUCCCCCAGAAUGGGACAGUGUGGCCUGUGGAGCUGUUGGAACAUUCCUGGAGGACAAGUCCUGGCUGUGCUGUGUCCGAGCCCAAUAACAGAGCUCUGUUGAAGGAAAACGCUGCUGCUGGUAGAUGGGUGGAAUGCAGUCACACUGUCCGUUAAACUCUUGCAACACAACGAACCUUUUCCAAAAAUCCUUUUUGGGCCUAAACAGUGCCAGAUGAAUCUGCGGGGGGGGGGGGGGGGGGGGGGCACAGCUGGAAGUCCUGAAACGAGCAGGCUAGCCUCAGCGCUCUGUUCUGCAGAAAAACAGUUUGUCCUGUUGAGUUAAGCUGUCUGUGUCGUCCUAACAUGGUUGAUCAUCUGAGAGGACGCCUUAAGGUCCCCACCUGACCGUGAAGCAGCAUUUUUAGUUGUCCCUCAUCUAACUUUUCGUAACAGGUCCCCCCCAAGGCCUCAGAGGAAGUUUCCAGGGACAGGCGAGGAAUGAAGUGGACAUGAGGCAGAGGCUCCCUGUCCUUUGAAAGCUGCUGGGUAAAAGCAGGAUGAAUCCUCUCAUGUCGUCUGCUUGGCUGCUCUAUAAACAGAUGCAGAGCAGCUCUGCUUCAGGUUUCAGAGCAAAGCUGCACAGUUCAGCGUUAAGAGGCAGAAACUGAGCACAGAGCUGAGAUCCCCCCAUUAACAUAAGUGGAUCUGUUAGAACUGACACAACAUUAGAACAACAUUCUUCACUUGUCCCAAUCCUGUCUGAAGUGUUGUUGCACACCAGCAUCCCCCCAUGUGACGACCCUCUUGGCUUCUCUCUGCUGUGCAGGCCGGGCCGGCUGAAGCCUGUCCCAGCUCAGAGAUCAGCUACGGCUGGGAGACGCUGAGGAUCUGUCCAGGUCUGUUCGGUUCUAACACACAGAACCUGUGCCGUAAAUCAUUUACAGAGCGCUGUUCUAGUCACGCCGACCCCUCAAAGCGCUUUACACUAGAGCCACAUUCACCCAGCACCACUCACAUUCAUUCCUCGAUGUGCUGAUCGCUAGACAAGUUGCGUUUAAGUGCCUUGCCCAGAGGCACAUCGACAUGGAAGCUGGAAUCAAACCCACAACUUUCUACUUGCAGGAUGUGUGCCCUUCCCAAUGAGCCACAGUCAUGGGGAGAGGGUGGCGGGUUUUUCUCGUCUUGCCAGUGAACACAUAAUCCUUCACUAGGUUUCUGACUGAGUCCAGAGAAGCAGUGAGACCCACUUCAUGAGGUGUAGCUGUUCAGAGCUGAAGGCGCCGCUGUGGGACAGACAACAGACACGGCAAACCGAGGAAGUGGAGCAUCCAGACGUUGAUCUUUGCAGCCAAUAGUUAUUUAUACCCUUUUAAUUAGUGACCAAAAGACUGCAGUUUUAUUGUAAGGAGACAAAGGUUAUUAGAACUGUAUAUAAUGAACAUUACUGAUGCUGAACGUUGUAUGAAUUCCUGUCAAAUACAUUUUUUGUAAAUAAAAUGUUUUUCUCAGA